GCAGCUAAAACGGUGCACUGCUGUUGAGGAGGAUGGAGGCGCCCCUUGUAAGCCUGGAGGAGGAGUUCGAGGAGGGGCCCGGGGACGAUGAGGGGAUCCCACAGCGCACUGCAGACCCAGCACUGGCCGAGCUGGAGAGCUUCUCAGCUGAGAUGAUGAGCUUCAAGUCGAUGGAGGACCUGGUGCAGGAGUUCGAUGAGAAGCUCACCGUCUGCUUCCGCAACUACGAUGCUGCCACUGAGGGUCUGGCCCCCGUGCGAGGGCGUCUCCAAGCGCAGGAGGAGGAAGAGCGCCUCCAGGAUGAGGAGGUCUGGGAUGCUCUCACCGAUGGCUUCACCCCCCGGGGCUCCCCCCGGCCCUGGCUGCUCCCCGGGUCUGAGGCCCCCGACGGCACCGACCCCCAGGUACG